CUCGCGCUGAUCCCGGGGGCUGGAAGGAGGCGGUGGAGCUGCGGUCCAACUGCUGAAGUCUCCAUGUGACAGUGAGCGGGGUCCCCUUUCUCCGGCGCCACUCCACUCCUGAUCACAGCCCCAGGAACCGGCCCCUAUUCCAGCGCCGACAGACCGACCGGCCCGGGACUCUGAGCAUCGGACCGUGCCGCCGCCACACUUGGGGUGCGGAGCGAACGGCUACCGGGGUGGGAAGGAGGCGGAGCGGCGCGGCGAGCGGGGCUCUGUGGCGGCGGCGCCGGCGCCCCCGAGCUGGCAGACAUGAACGGCUUCACUCCGGAGGAGAUGAGCCGCGGCGGGGACGCGGCCGCCGCCGUGGCCGCGGUGGUCGCCGCUGCAGCUGCCGCCGCCUCGGCGGCGAAUGGGAACGCGGCGGGCGGUGGGGCUGAGGUCCCCGGUGCUGGUGCGGUGUCGGCUGCUGGCCCCCCCGGAGCGGCGGGUCCGGGCCCCGGGCAACUCUGUUGUCUGCGGGAGGACGGCGAGCGGUGCGGGCGCGCGGCUGGCAACGCCAGCUUCAGCAAGAGGAUCCAGAAGAGCAUCUCGCAGAAGAAGGUGAAGAUCGAGCUGGAUAAGAGUGCAAGACAUCUCUACAUUUGUGAUUAUCAUAAAAACUUAAUCCAGAGUGUUCGAAACAGAAGAAAGAGGAAAGGUAGCGAUGAUGAUGGAGGAGACUCACCUGUUCAGGAUGUUGAUACUCCAGAGGUUGAUUUGUACCAACUACAAGUAAAUACACUUAGAAGAUACAAAAGACACUUCAAGCUUCCAACCAGACCAGGUCUUAACAAAGCACAGCUUGUUGAGAUAGUUGGCUGCCACUUCAGGUCUAUUCCAGUGAACGAGAAAGACACCCUGACGUAUUUCAUCUACUCAGUGAAGAAUGAGAAGAACAAAUCAGACCUCAAGGUGGACAGCGGAGUUCACUAGUUGAGGCAGCUUCUCAUUCACGUGGCCCCCAGCUGUCUGGCUGUCAAGAAUGUUUACUCUCUUUCAUACGUAGAAAGGUUCCUGUGUAUUUUUUCUACAGAGGAUUUUCUUUGCCUUUGGUUUGUUUGUCUUUGAUUCUAAUAAUUAGUGGGAAACUCGUGGAAACUGAGCUUCCUAAAUUAAAACUAUUUUAAAUAAAGGUUAUUACUGUUA